AUGUACUUAAACAUUGAAAUUCGAAGUAAACGUUCAGGCUCACACGAUUCAUUCGCAAAUUCGUCGUUACUGAGCAAUAAACCAGUUGCGAAUGAUGAAGGUCGUCUGUUGCGCUGGAUAGGCCAUCUGCCAGCAGUUCGACGUGUGGUUCGGCGAUGGGGUCGAACUCAAUCGUUGACAAUAAAAGAACAGUUGGAGUGCGGUAUUCGGUACUUCGAUAUGCGUGUGACAAUACCGUCGUGUAGAUCGUUAUCAUCCAGCAUUCGCGUUGUGCAUGCGCUUUACGGUGCUGAGCUGUACCGACUUCUGAACGAGAUGAACGCAUUCCUUGAAAGUCAUCCCAAAGAGGUCAUUAUUAUCGACUUCAAUCACCUGUAUAAUUUCAAUGCCAUCACCUACAAACAACUGCUGAAAAGCAUCGAAAUCGCGUUCAAUCCACAAAAGUUAUGCCCACGUCAAGAUGACUUGAGGCAGUUAUCACUCGAAAGAAUGUGGCAAAACGGAUAUCAAGUGAUCGUGAUAAGUGCCCGUGAACGACGUAUCCCGACCAACGCAUGGGUCUGGCCUCCGAAAUGCAUUCUUAGUCCAUAUCCAAACGUGAAUCGCGUGUAUCGUUUGCUGCGUUUUCUAGAUACAACCCUCGCGGAUCAUCGUAAGUAUCCUAGAGAGAUAUUCUUCGUCACGCAGGGUAUCCUGACGCCCAGGGUACGUGACAUUGGUUUACAUCUGCGUUCUUCACUCGAAAAUUAUAUGGCAAAGGAAUGCACAAAGCGUGUGACUGAAUGGAUUCAAUCAUAUUCGAAUACAUCAAGUUUCAACAUAAUUAUUUGUGACUUCAUCGAUUCGAAUGAAUUCUGCAAUACGGUGAUAUCGUUGAAUGUUCGUUGA